GUUACGGCCACGACUACUCGCACGGUUAACAAGCACGGAGACGAAAUAAUCACUGCGACGACCUCCAAUUAUGAAGCUGCUACGUUCGCCAGUCGUACAGAGUGGAGGAUUCGCGCCAUUUCCGCCACGAAUCUGCAUUUGAGAACGCAACAUAUUUAUGUGAGCUCUGAUGAUGUCAAGGAUACAGGAUUCACAUACAUUCUUCCAAAGAAUGUUCUUAAGAAGUUUAUCACUAUAUCGGAUCUCAGAACACAGAUUGGCGGCUUCUUAUACGGUGUUUCACCUGCUGACAAUCCGCAGGUUAAGGAAAUCCGAUGUGUUGUAUUGGUGCCUCAAACAGGAAACCAUCAACAAGUGCAAUUUCCUUCUCAUCUUCCACAGCAUGAGUUGCUAAAGGACUUGGAGCCACUAGGAUGGAUGCACACACAACCAAAUGAGCUGCCACAGUUAUCGCCUCAAGACGUGACCGCUCAUGCUCGAAUAUUGUCUGAAAACGCAAGUUGGGAUGGGGAGAAAACUGUAAUCAUAACUUGCAGUUUCACUCCUGGAUCCGUGUCACUGACAGCCUACAAGCUUACGCCGUCAGGCUAUGAGUGGGGUCGCUCAAAUACCGACCGAGGAAACAAUCCAAAGGGUUACAUGCCGACUCAUUAUGAAAAGGUGCAAAUGCUGUUGUCGGAUAGAUUCCUUGGCUACUUUAUGGUUCCAAGUGCUGGCGUUUGGAAUUACAACUUCCAAGGU